ACCUAGUUACAAUAUUCAUAUUUUAAUUGUCUUAUCAAGUGGACAUUGGUGAUGGCCAUAAAGAUUAAAGUUCUGAUAUUUACUCUUAGUAGUUUACAACUUCACAGUGUCUUUUGAGUCUCUAAUAUUGUGGCGGUAAUAUCUUUUUAGUGAAGGGAGGAAAAUGUAUUAUCUACGUGAAGAAGACAAAAGAUACUCUUUGUGUUGUCUAAGAACAAACUUUACAUUUUUAAGGACCAUGUGCUUUAACAAGUCCUUAGUUUCUUUUUAUUCAAUGCUGUUUUACUGUGCCAGUGUUCUUGGAUCAGAGGAAACGCCAAAGGGGCCAGAGCUGUUCACACCUAAUGAUCCUGAUGCUCUUUUUGAUCCUGAUGCCGUCUCUCUGGUGCAUCUUGAUGAUGAUAACAAUGUUUAUUUUGAUGUCUACCCAAUACGGGGAGAAAAAAACAGCAUCAUGUAUGCCAAAAACGGGGUACUGGUUGUUUCUAUUACAACCCCAGAAGAAAUAAAAGAUACUUUGGAAAAGGGACUAUGGAACUUCAUAACUUCCAUUUUGGGUCUAACACAGGCUGACGUUGAAAUUUUGAUGUUCCCUGAAGAUGCCGGCCGAAGAGUCUUUCUGAAGAAAGGUAAGAUGACACAGGACGAGUGCCUCUCUAAGAUCAAAGAUGUCCUGAAGCCUUACCUCCCUUCAGCCAGCCAAGUCCCUGGAGAGACCGAGCCUCCACCACUGCUCACGCCUUAUGAACCCAUGGAGAUUUAUGCCCAGAACGAUACCAACCAAAACACAGGACCUGUUAAGUACUAUGAAGCUGAGCUGCCAAAGGAUGAGAAGACAGGGAAAAGAGCAGACCCAAUACCAAGGAAGAAGCUGGUAGAGAUGAAGCCCUAUUAUGGGAAAGACCCUAGCUGGAUGGCAAAGAUUUUGAGAGAUUUACGGCCCAACAAAGAAAUCAUAUUCAGAGGAAGGCUAGUACCUGCUCUACCUCUGCGUCCUAUCCUGGAUGAUUAUCGAGGCCCUAAGAAAGUGAGAUUGACCAGGAAGAUCCUGCAAGGUAUAGCUGACGGAAGUGCAGUUCAGAAACCUAGCUCCAGACUGAGGUUUGAGAUGUCCCAACCUGUGCCAGCAGCAAUGAUGCUGGACUAUUUGAGUCCUGACAAACAGCAGGUUGUAAGUAGGAGAAUUGUCAGCCCCCUGUUUAGGAAUGAAACAGUGGAUUUUGUUGAGGAAUUCGAGUAUACUGAAGUUGUUUAAAAAGUUAGACUGAAUCCAUUCAUUUAUACAAACACUUCAAUCCACUUCAAUUUUAUACUACAUGAUGAUUACAUUUAGAUUUUACAUUUUUGUA